CAUACAACAGGAAGAAUUCUCAGACACUAAUUUAAUGUUGGUAUCCCUGAUUUUAUUGUUUUGAGACAGAUUUUGACAUUUCUCGCUCGUGAAUCAAACUCCGAUUUCCUCGCCGUCCAAAGUUAAAUUUUCAUCAUCUGCUCCUUUUUCCAAUAAAUUCAAUUAAAACAACUUGAUUAAUAAUGGCCGCAAAAGUUGCAAAUCUUCAAGCUGACGAUGUUCACAUCUCAUUCGAAGAUCAACAAAAAAUUAAUCGUUUUGCUAAACACAAUGCCCGAAUGGAUGAUCUAAAAGCCGAACUCGAACAAAGAAACAAUGAAUUAAAAAAUCUUGAAGAGGCAUGUGAAGAAAUUGAAUUAUUCGAUGAAGAUGAAAUGAUUCCAUUUUUGUUUGGCGAAGUUUUUCUAUCUCAUAAUCUUUCCAAAACUCAGGAACUUCUAGCUGAGGCUAAGGAAAAGAUCAAGUUGGAAGCUAAAAACAUUGAGAAGCAAAGCAACGAAAUCAAAUCGGAAAUGGCCGAACUUAAAGCGCAUUUAUACCAGCGAUUUGGAAGCAACAUUUCUCUGGAGAGCGAUGAUUAGAUUUUUACUGUUGGACUUAAGAGGAAUAAGUUAAUUAAUCGCAGAUCAUUCUUAUGACAUUUAAUACACCACACACGUUAUACCUAUUUAAUGGGAAUUUUUAAAAAGUAAAAUUCAUAAAACCAAAAUAAAAACAAACGCUUAGAAUCGAA